UUCACUUGAGUGGCAACAGCAACAUCGAAAGGUGAUAUAAUUUGUCGUAAAACGGAACGCAUUGCAAACAUGAGAGUUCGACGCGUAACAUAUUUUUCAUAAUGUAUUCUUAAAAAUUCGUAUUUUUAUAACAAGUUGUACUGUACCCUUUAGUAGACGGAGUAUUUUUAAUGGGAAACAAAAUAUAUACGUCCCAAAAUAAUAGUGACUGUUGUUAUGUGUACGAAAGCAUGAAAUAGCAAGUAGUUUGCCUUCAAGCCUUUGUCCCUUUUGGUCUUCGCAUAUUACAUGAUCUAUAAUGGGCUUAUUAAUUUCUAAAAUAUGGAGCCUCUUUGGGAAUGAGGAGCAUAAAUUAGUUCUGGUUGGCCUAGAUAAUGCUGGGAAGACUACUAUACUGUACCAGCUUCUCUUGGGAGAAGCAGUACAUACAAGGCCUACAAUUGGUUCCAAUGUGGAAGAGGUGGUGUGGAGGAACCUGAGGUUUGUUAUGUGGGACCUUGGUGGACAGCAAAGUCUACGUUCAGCGUGGAAUACUUACUACACAAAUAGUGAGUUUAUCAUCAUGGUGAUUGACUCCACUGACAGACAACGUUUGAGUAUAAGCCGAGAAGAGCUUCAUCGUAUGCUGACUCACGAAGAACUUAGUAAAGCCUGUCUCCUUGUUUUUGCAAAUAAACAGGACAUUAAGGGAUCCAUGAGUGCAGCGGAAAUAUCGCAACAGUUGGACUUGACUUCCAUUAAGCAGCAUCCGUGGCACAUACAGGCCUGCUGUGCUCUAACUGGGGAAGGGUUACAUUUGGGUCUAGAAUGGAUAGCAAGCAGAAUUAAGAAGAAAUGAUAUUAACUUUCGUUACUUUACCUAGUGUAUAUCUAUGUGCAGUGGGGUGUUGUGGUAUUGCAUAAAGCAAGUAUGGAUGUUAAUGUUACUAUUAUUUAGAUAAUGAAAUAUAUUUUUAAUAAUGUCUAACACAAUAAAACAACUAAUUGACUAAGUUUUUAAAUGAAAUUGUCAGAAUUUUAUGUCGAUUGUUUCAAAUGACGGAAUAUGUAUAAUUAAAUAAAACAUACAUGGUA